CUAAAGGAUAUCAACAUCGCUAGGUGUUUUCCCAUUGCUAUGCCUAUCGUGUUCCACCCUUAAUUUAUCUUUGAAUAAAGACCCGUGUUGUGCUCGUGUGCCCUAAGCCUGCAACCUAAGGCUUGGGUUAGGUGAUUAGCACAUAAGCGAUAGAAACAAUUGUGAUCCACGUGUAAUUAUUCCUCGUCAAGGCCAUGGCUUUUGCUGCUGCUCUGGCCGAGAAGCGCGGCCCUCGAGUGGGCGAUGCCGCUUCACUAUGGAACUUCACACCCGCGCCUGGCUGGACGCGCGAGGAGGUGCAAAUUCUACGGCUUUGCCUCAUGAAGCAUGGGGUCGGACAGUGGCUGCAAAUCCUGAAGACUGGAUUGCUUCCCGGCAAAAUGAUUCAACAGCUAAACGGCCAAACUCAACGCCUUCUAGGCCAGCAGAGUUUGGCAGCCUACACGGGUCUCCAAGUGGAUGUGGACCGCAUCCGGGCUGACAACGAGGCACGCACGGAGGCAACCCGGAAGGCUGGACUCAUCAUCUAUGACGGACCAACGCUGACGAAGGAGAUGAAGGACAAGUUGCGAAAGGAGGCCCAAAUCAAGUACGGCCUGACCCCGGAUCAACUCCUCAAGGUGGACGAGCAGCUCGAGGAGAUCGCUUCGGCGUUCAGAUCCUCAGCAGCCGCUGACGCCGCCGCAGUGGGCGGGUCAGGGGCUGCAGCUACAGCCGCCCCGGGGCCCAGCCCUGCUGCUGUUGCUGCGGCGGCUGCCACGCAGGCUGCAGCGCGGCUGGAUUCAGAGCUUGGCGGGCUUCUGGGAUCUCCCUUGGAGCAGUUGACUCCCGAGCAGCUCAUCCAACUGCUUAAACGGCUACGUAACCGCCUGUCGUGCCUUAUUGACCGUUACCGCAACCGCCAGUCGUUGCCGCCCCGCAUGGGGACGCGGUGGGCGGGGGAGCAGGACGCAGCGGCUGUGCUAGAGGCGCAGGCUGCGGCGUUCGCGGCCGCUUCGCGACCCACGGGUCAUCAGCGGGCCGGCUCUCCGGAUGGCGGGGUUGAGGCUGUGCUGGUCGAGGGCGGCGAGGCGCUCCUGGCGCAAGUCCCGCUCACCAGGCAACUGCUAGCGGAGGCUGCCGCCCACCGGAUACCUCCACGACCGCCUCUGCCGGGCGGAGCAGCGGCCUUAGCGGGGUCCGCAGCAGCAGCACGAAAGCGGGGAGGUGGUUCCGGCGCCAAGGGCAACGGCAGGUCGCGGUCUCAAGGCUCCGGCUCAGCAGGAGCAGACAUGGACUGGUCGCCGGAAGGUGAGGAGAACAUGGCGCCCGCAAGCGGAGCCACAGCGGCAGCGCUCCACGGUUCCUCAUCAGCGGGCUGUGCGGCCGCGGCAGGUUCCGUGGGUUCCGGAGCGAGGGGAGGCAAGCGCAAGGCGAGUGGCGAGAUUGGAGCGGAGGGAGGAGCUGCGGGCGGGUCGAAGCGGGCGACAAGAACCAAGCGCCCCGCUACGCGGUACGACAAGUACGUCGACGACGAAGAGUACGAGGAGGAAGAUCCGGAGGCGGCAGUUGUGUACGGCAGGAGGGCCGCCGCUGCGGGUGGUGGUGUCGUACCCACCGAGGCUCUCAACGCCCUAACCGCCAUGGGUUUCACGCCACGCAAGGCCCGCGGGGCGCUGCAAGAGUGUCACUUUAACGUGGAGGCUGCGGUGGAGUGGCUGUUCGCCAACUGCGUGUAGUGGGGUGCGGAUGGCGGAGUUGGAGGGACCACAGGGGGGUCUCGGGGGCAUGGCAAGGGCACGCAUGUGGUAGCAACCCGUAGGAUUGGGUAUGGGGCGUAAUGCGUGCUUACGAGACACGUUUCGGGGUGUUUCAAUAUGACGCAUGAAUGAGCAAUGCUUGUUAUGGAUCACUAUUCGCGGGCUGUACGGCUACGUGUAGAGCGCUUUUGUUGGUUUGUGGUCCAUUUGACGGGCAAGCGCUCCUGGGGGUCACCGGUCG